GUGAUGUGUUUGGGAUGUUUCUUACAUGAGCUGCAGUAUGAUGCAGAAGAUAUAUGGAGCACGUUAAUGAUGCUUUAAUGAAACUUAAAAUAUCCAGUCUUCAUCUAUUAUAAAAAGAGUGACGUGUGCAUUCUUCAACAUCUCUUUUGUGUUCACAGAGAAAAAAGUCAUACAGGUCAUUUCUAAAACUAUUAGAUUAGAUGAUUUUAUAUUACCAUAAUAUUAGCUUUUAUCUGUGUCCCUCUUUUUUCCAUAGUCAGCUUUGGUAUUAACAGAGCAUGUUUGGACCCGCAGCUGUAGAGUCAAUUAUUAAACACAUGCGGACACAUCACUUCUGGGCCAACACAUACUAUCCCACACUCCCUAGGAAAUGUGUCAGAAGGGAUGGGACAUCUUCAUUCCUUAGAGGAUUCAGGUGCUUUCUGUCACCUGGGUAACUGAAUCUCCAUGGAUGUCACAACUACCCCACAGCCUGAACCGAGUUGCAUGGCACAGGCAAUAUCUGUAACAUUUGAUCCUGUCUCAGUCAGCUGGAUGUUAAGUUUACAAGAAGUGGCAGUAAGAAGGAUAUAUAUCUAUAUAUAGAAUAAUGGAUCAAAAUGUGAAGAAAGACCAGCUGGAAAAUCAAUUGAUGCAUGAUGACUGCAAUCUUAAGUGCAAGGAACAUCUCAUCAGUUUGUUUGGCGAAUCAACAGCUGAGUAUUUUCUCAGCCCUUUCUCUCGCCGGUCAAAAGACAUACCUCAUUGGUUUUCCCAGCUACAAGAUGACAUGAGAGAUCACAUGAGUGCAGAAGCCCUGUGGGAUGCUAUGAGACGUCACUCUACACACAUAUUGCAAGAAUCAAAUACAGAGCCCUCAAUGAUUGAGAGAAGGGUUGUGGAUUGGAAGACGCUUAAGAAACAGGACCAUCUGGAGCACCUGGCAGGGACCAGAUGCAUGUUUCGUUAUGCACAGCGUAACCAGGCCAUCACAGCUCUCCUUAUGCAAAGUAAUCCUCGAUUUGACCCUUUCUGCCCAGAAAAGAGCAAACUUCACUGAAGUAGUAUGAAAAAUACUUAUUGCACAGAGUUUUUUGCAUUUAGUUUAAUACUGCUGAUUUGUUACGGCAUUUAAUGGGAUUAAAGAGUGUUUUGUG